AUGGAUAAAAUCUCCUCUUCACACAUUCUCACUGUCACAGCUCUGAAUGAUUGGAACUGGACCAGCAGGAUCAUAUUUUUUUCUUUUGCUCUUCCACUUGACCUUCUAACCAUUGUUCUGAAUGUCGCCUUGAUUAUGAUCAUUGCUUUUGAGAAGGCGCUGCAUGAGCCCAUGUACAUUUUCUUGUGUAAUCUGUGUGUUAAUGAUCUGUGUGGAACUACAGGGUUUUAUCCCAGGGCUUUGGUAUAUUUACUCACUGAAACAAACAGGAUUUCACUUGAGGAAUGUAUUGUACAAGGUAUAGUCAUCAUUGUUUAUGCAGUUGGUGAAUUCUCAAAUUUAAGCGUCAUGGCUGUUGACAGGUACAUAGCCAUCUGUCGACCUUUACAUUAUCACAGUAUUAUGUCACCUUUCACUGUCCGAAGCCUGGUGAGUUUUAUUUGGAUAUUUCCUUGUUUUGCAAGUAUAAUUGCUAUUUUGGUGGCUAUGAAACACCCUAUUUGCAGACAUGACAUAAAUAAACUUUUCUGUGAAAACCUGUCCUUGGUUAAUCUUAGUUGCAAAGAAGAUAUUUCGUAUGGGAUUUUUAACGUGUGGAUGUAUGCCUCAGUAACUGUAUUGAUUGCUUUAGUUCUGGUUUCGUAUUUUAAAAUAAUUCUAGCUUGUAGGAGAUCUACAGUAAAUCAAGAGAAGUUCUUCAGCACAUGUAUGCCACACUUGAUUACCUUUCUGAACUACAUUGCAUGUUCUUUCUUUGAUUCUUCCCAGACAGAAUUAAGAGCAAAAAACUUGUCUCGUAUGUUACAUACUUUUUUGUCUGUUAUAUUCCUGACUGUUCCCCCUGUUUUCAAUCCUGUAAUAUAUGGUAUAAAAUUAGGUCCAAUCAGGGCAAAAAUAUUGUACAUUUUCCAAAGUCCAAGGAUUAAUAACUUCUGA